AUGGCAGCGGUGUCGUGUCGGACGAUAUUCGUCCUGAGAUGGUGCGAGAUGAGCCGCGUGCUGACCGCCACGUCCUACCUCGCCACGACGAGGAGGUACCGAAAGGAAACAUGGUGCAGACGAUGGUGGCACAUCUCUCAAAGGAGCGUCUCCCUAUCGGCCAGUUCCUACUCGCCAAAGUUAAAUCCGCUUUUGAUGAAGCAACUGAAAGAUCCUAAAGCUACGGAAAAGGAGGUGAAGAAAACUGCAAGGGUUAUGUCAACGGAAAAAAUGGAGAUCGGAAGCACCGGUUCAGAUGUCACCGUGACAUAUCAUCGGGGCCUUCCCAGGAUCACGGUGCCUCUUCCAUCCAGGAGGGAACACUGCUCAUUCACCAUGAAGCCGAUAACGCACACGGUCGGCAAUUUUUUAGAUAUGCUGAAGACGGAGGAUCGCGGCAUCGAUCGAGCGUGUAUAACUUCGUUAGAUGGCGUCAGGAUAUCUUCCAGUAACACGAUAGAAUCGCUUUUAGAAGAGGAUUUUAAAUUAUUAAUAAACGAUAACGAAUAUCUUGUCUCGCCGCCGAUGCAAGAAAGGUGCACAACAGAAGAUCUGCAGAAACUCGAGGAUGUACAAGCGCUCGUUGGGCAACUGUACGAGGCGUUCCAUGUGCGGGAAUAUCACGUCGACAUGGAGAGAUCGGUCAUCGCCGAGUUGGAAGACAUUAGAUUACAGCUGGUGCCUAUGGAACAGAAAUUGCAAGAGAUACAAAACGCCGCUUACAAGAAGGCAAAUUUUUUUAUCUGGACCUUCCUAGUCAUGAUGUCGAUCCAAUUUGGGGCGUUGGCCAGAUUAACCUGGUGGGAAUACUCGUGGGAUAUAAUGGAGCCAGUCACUUACUUCGUCACUUAUGGCACUACUAUGAUGUGGUUUAUUUAUUACCUCGUGACUAGACAGGAAUACAUGCUGCCAGACGUGUUGAACAGGCGUCACCUAAUAGUCCUUCAUAGAAGAGCGCGAAAGGCCGGUCUCGACAUCGAGCUGUACAACUCGUUGAAGAAUCGGGCGUAUGAAUUGGAGAACACGCUGAAAAUUAUCCGCGGUCCUUUGUACGAUUACAAGAUUCAAAGGAAGCAAAAGCAACGCGCUAGAUCAAGCUCCAGUAGCUCAAGAUCGCCGAGUUCCUCGCCUAGUCCUAGUCCUAGUCCCAAAAGAGACGUUUCUAAGGGUAUACCUGAAUCGAAGAGCGAGAAAAUACGCCGAAGAAUAUAAAAUUUAAUUAAGGUGUUCAACGACGAUGUGCGUGACGGAAUGCAACGUAAUCAACGAUUACCGAUCGCUUAAAUCAAUGUUAUCUUCUUCCAAUGAAGUACACUCAGAAAAGACUUCCCUCUCUCUCGAGUAUGAAAGCGAUGCACUCAGGGUAAUAUUUGCAAGCUCGUAAAAGGUAUUGAAUGGACUACGAAACGAAUGGAAAUGUAAUUUAUUUUUGUGUUUGUGCGUGUUUACGUGAAGGAGAACCCGCAGUGAUAUCUCAGAUCUCGAGUCAGUCUUCCAAGUAGUAUCGGUGGCAACUAAUUUUCGUCACGCGCAAUGCAUCUCAUAGGCGUUCAAGUGUCGCGGAUUAUCGAAUGCUCAAUGUUGUCGACGCGUUUGGAAGACAUUAAAGAAAAA